AAGAGCAGCUCUCUGACAUAUCUGUUCUACACCACGGUUACUAAGUGCGGAUGUGGAGGACGUAGGGCGCUAUUUGGGACAGGGCCGUAGACUUAUUUGAGUGUUUCCAUGUUUUCUUGCUUAUGCAACACACAUUUUACAGAGUUUUAAUACUGGACUCAGGCAUGUCUCAUAUGAGCUCAUAAAGCUCAUAAAGCUCUCCGGGAGAUGUUCCCUGCUACAGUUUGUGUUACAAAGAAGAAGCUGUUUUAGUAGCUAGCCAGGUGAAAUGGGAAAGCUGAGUUAGUGAGCUGAAGAGAGAAUGGCUCAGGCAUCCAGUAGCCCUCAGGAAGGACACAGUGAGGCUGAACCCUGCAACAAAACACAAACACAUCCUCAUACUGCAGACAGAGGACUGCCGUCUGCUGUGACUGACAGCUCUGAGCUUCAAGCCUCUGAUACGGACCAGGUCACUUUGAGAAAGCCAAACAGUUGUCCAGAAAUACUUCCUGAAAAAUAUCGGUCAAAGGACAAACAAGAUGGUUCUCAGUACCAGGGCCCGUUUACCAAGUCCCGUCAGAAGACAGAUCCUCUUUUUCAGAAACGCUUCAGUCCCAAUCUUAAACAUCUCCUGAGACAGAAGAGUGACAGUUCCACCUGGAACUAUGAAAAUGAAGAUAAUUUCGUAGCAUGCCAGGACCUUACCUCUCGAUCUUCCCAACGCCUCCAGCACCUAGAACACACUUUAUUGAGUCUCAAGUCUCAGUGCCAUGUACUGCGUGGAUCAGGAGGCUGUCUGAAAGGGUGCAUUAAAGGACUCUCCCCUUCAGCAGAGGAAGAAUUUUACCACCACCCUCAGGCAGCAGCCUUUAGCCAGCAUUAUGCACAACUCCAGCACCUUCUGGAACAACGGGCUCAGCUCCUCUUCCUCCAUGAGUAUGGCCGCCGAUGUCGCGCAGCUAACUGCUUUAUAUCACGAUUGGGUGAUGUGCUGGAGAAAGCCCAUCUCUUAGCCAGCAGGGCUCAAAGUUCAAAAGAACAAGCCAACUCUUCCUGGAACCUGGAUCUUAGGGCUAUGUGUGAGGAACUGCAAGUCCACAUCAGCCACUGGGACAUGCUAUAUGCCCGAGCGCGCUCUGACCCCUUCUUGCGAACUGUUUUUUCCAGUCGCACAGAGAUGCUAGGCUUGAUGCAGAGAAAGCUGUGGUUGCUGGCACAGCAAGCCUUGCUGCUGAUGGAGAAUUGCAUGCACACAUUGCUUAAAGCCUUAGGUGCUGCUCAGCUGGUUUGUGUACCCAGAGAUGCCUUAGAGGACAUGCUGUCUGCUGUGGAGAUAUACAAUCAUGUCGUAGCAAACCCAAGGUCCCAGAAAAGAGCUGCAGCCUGGAGUUUGCAGAUUUUGUUCAACUCUGAUUGUUCUCAGACCAAGCCAGACUUGGCCAGGAAACACGUCAGACCUGGAACAUUGUUAGUGGUGGAAAUCAUGAGGAUCGUGGCACGGCAUCGAGCUCAGAUAGCAGCCAGGCAACUUUACAGCUGGACAUGCCAGCAGACUGAUCUUCUUUCUCUUGCAGGACAAACCAGCAUGAAAUGGGGGGACUUGGAUUGCCCGGAUCUUCUUGUUGCACCUACUUCAGAUCAAUCUAGUUCUAUCCUGGACAAGUCCCCUAAAAAGCCCCUCCAGUCUUCCAGUCUUCCUUUGUUUGUGUUUGCUCACUGGGAUAGAGAGGACAUUCUGGAAACUCUCUUUCAAGUCUUAGUAUCCUCAACAGACCUCUUAGCUCCACACAUUCCCAAAAGACCUCCCAAAAGACAUCAGUUGGAUAGGAGUGCUUCUGCAGAGAGGAGCCGCAGAGCCAGUGGACAAGAAGAAAAUAACAAUCCAAAAAUGUAUCCCUCUCAUAUCCAAAACACUGUUCAGCGCAUAGACCUGAGCAACACGGAUGCAUGUGUGGCACUUUUCUCUCAGUACAGGGAUAUGCUGUGGAGGGAAUUUGGCAAAGCAGUUAUCAAGCAUUUUUAUUAUCCGUCUCACAACAGUAUUUUGGGUGGUAUGUACCAGUGGAAUGAUCAGAUGGUGCUCCUUCUGGUCAGAUGGCUAAAGCAAGCAUGUAAAGAAGAAUGGGUUCCAGCUGAAUGCAAGGAUGUCUUGAAUAAAUUCUGCUCCCAUAUUUUAUCUGCUGCUGCCUACAUGCACUGGGAUGCAAUAAUGUGUGAGUCGCUGGGUUUAGGAAUGAAGGAUAAGUGCUCACCGAGAACCACGACAGAACCUUCCACUGUGAGAACCGCCACCAUGGAACUUACACUCCAGCUGUUCCCUCCUCUGCUCUCUGUGCUCCAGUUACUGCAAACCCCACACACAAACUUAGGAGAGAAGGGAACUCUUGGUUUGUAUCACCUAGGGUUGCUGUGCAGGGCCCAAGCCACUGUCCAGUCCUCUACUUUCUGGGUUAUGAGUAAGGCCUACCAGUUUCUGGCCUCGUGGUCUCUUACUAAGUUUGUGCUGGUCACACAAGGAGACCUCAAGGCUCUCAGGGAGGCAGUGGAGAGUCUAGUGCAGGAGCUGAACGCUGUGGUUGGAAGCACUGAUCAUCAUCAUCAUCAUCAUCAUCAUCUCAUCAUGGAACAUGGCCUGCAGCUAUCUGAUGCAGUCUCACAACUACAAGCCUUCUCUGAACUUGUCCUGAGGAUUUUUUCGAUGGACUGCAAGAAAAUGUCAAUGGAGAUUUUUGAGCAAACAAUGCCAUCAGCAAAACACUGGAGAGUCAACUAUAAAACAGCAUGGAAUAGCUGCUUUGUGUGCAUUUUCUUAGAAUUACCCAGCACCCCGAGUGAUUAUGCAGCCUUUGCAGCUCAAAGUGUGCUUGGCCAGGUGUUAGAGGGAAUGCAGCCCCUACCGGAUGAGACUCGUAUUCCAGCACUGGCAGAGGCCAUGACUGCCUUCAUGGAGGCCUGGAUGGAGCACAUACUCAAACAGAAAAUCAAGUUUAGUGUUCAUGGAGCACUGCAGCUGAAGCAGGAUUUUGACCUGAUUCGAGAGUUGAUUCGUUCAGAGAAGUACAGCCUGUCAGAGGAGCUACACCACCGGCUCCUGUCGUUGCGCGUCUUUCAUCAAGUGGACAGCGCCAUAGUGUGCCUGCUACAGCAACCUGUAACCAAAGCAUACAUGCCCUCUUUAAGAUGGGAGCCUUUCCGACACUGCUGCCCAAACAGGGCCCAGGUGGUGGACCAGGCAGUUGGAAGCCUCAAUAGUCUGGAGACUAUAGACAUCCAGGCUGCCUGUCACCAGGCCUUGACUCGGGCAGAAGGCUCUGUGAGCCCUGAGCUGCUCUCCACAGCUCCACCCGAGUCCUACUUAGCUGUGGCACAGCAGGAGUGGCUGGACCUGCGCAUCCACACCAGCUCUCGCUGGAGGAUCCCUGGUCUGCGUUGUCUCACUAAAUCUGAGCCCUAAAAAACUGAUGCAAAGUGGUAUGUUUAUGGUAGUAAUAUAUCAUUUGUACAACAAUAGACAAUAAUCCUGUACUAAUAUGACACUUAUAUGCACCACUGACCACUGCUGUAUAAAAACGAACAUUUAAUCGUCAUUUAACUCUGAAUUACCAAUAUGAAGUACUUUCAGAACAGUUAACUUUUUGUUAACGAAACAAUUUCUUUUAUAAUAUUUCCAACAUAUGCAGAUUGUCACAAGUAGACAACCAUUAACAUGUUUAAAAUUCAGUUUAGUAGGUUUUUUUUUUGUAGUCUUUUGUAGUAUGUAUUAAUUAUAGCAGUUCAUAAUCUAUUAUUCAUAAUCUAAGUUUAAAAAUGUACAGAAUGCACAUUAGUUUAUUUUUUUUUGUAUUGUUCAGAUUCUGUAAUAAUGUAACUAAUGUUACAGAACAUUAAUGUAAAUGUAUAAGUUGUAUGUGCAGAGGAACUGAGAUUUUGUGAAUUUUGUUUAUGACUUCACUGUGUAGUUAAAACCAAAGCAAGUCACAUAUCUGGUGUAUGUGGAUAAACUGUUAUUUGAUACCUUUUUUUAUAAUGUGCCUUUUUAUGUGUCUGAUAUAUUAGGAAAGAAAUAUGUUUAUAUUUAUUAAUAAGAGUGAAUACAAAGCAUUACUUAAUAUAAGCCAUCUACUGUUUUUCCAUCAUGGAAUGGAAUAAAAAUGCUUUAAGUUUUA